AUGCAUAGUUACGGUUAUUAUUUCUAUCUAUGCGUUAUUAUUGCAUUCAUACAACUAAUGUUUUAUCAUAUCUUCAAGGAUUUUAUUAAUCGUUCUUUAAGUACAACUGAUCUAAUUCGAUUUCGACCAUGGAAACGUAAUGCAGCCAUAAAACUUUCACCGAGCAUUUUCGCUUGGACAAGAUUUUGUGGCAAUGAUUUCAACGAUAUUAUUGAAACAAGUCUUAAAAAUUGCAAAUACAAAUGCAUGGUGUUGAGGAAUAAAAGAGAAUAUUUAUCUGCUGGAGCCAUCGUUUUUCAUAUCGGUGAGACUUUUAUGGAAAAAUUGCCCCGAAAACGGCUAACCAAUCAAUUGUAUAUAUUCUUCAAUAUGGAAUCGCCUUUUAACACUAAUCGUUUGGCACAUGCUUUGGCCAAUUUCUUUAAUAUAACAAUGACCUAUAGGCUAGACAGCGAUAUUUUUUCGGGAUAUGGUGCAGUUCGCAAGAUUGAUAACUCAACUGAUAAGCAAGAUAUUUGGGCUUGGGAACAGGUGGAAAAAAUUGUCACAAAUAAAUCAAAAUCAGCAUUACAAUUCGUUUCUAACUGCUAUGCUUCGUCUGGUAGAAGGCAUUACGUAAAUGCACUUGCGAAAUACAUAAAUGUUACUCGAUACGGUUACUGCACACAAAAUUUUUGCAAUGAUAGUUGUGAGAAAGAAGCUGUCGAAGUAACAUUAGAUAUAGCUCAACACAGAUUUUAUUUGGCUUUCGAAAAUAGCGUAUGCCGUGAUUAUGUCACUGAAAAAUUAUUUAAACGAAUGGAACAACUGCUAAUUCCUAUCGUGCUGAAGAAAUCAAUUUAUAAGAGAAUCUUACCACCUGGUUCUUUUAUUGCUGCAGACGAUUUUUUAUCUCCAGAGGAUCUAGCGCAUUAUCUACUAUAUCUUGAAAAGAAUCGUACUGAAUACAUGAAAGGAUCAUUCUGUUAUUUUAGAUAUUUUCAAUGGACUCGAACCCAUUUAAAAAGUACAGCUGUACCUGAACAGGAUGGCUUUUGUAAACUAUGCAAAAUGUUACAUCGAGGCUUGGAUCGACCUCAUAUUAUAAAUCUCGAAUCGUGGUGGUACAAGGAAGGCCAUUGUUUGAUGAAUUAUGCUGGUUCACUUCUCCUUGGCCUUAAAGAAGAAUCAACGAUUUCAACGAAUGCAAACGGCUCUUUAUGUAAUAAUAUUCUUAUCAAUGAACUCUAUUUAAGCAAAUAUCUCUUAGCUGGCGCUAUUAUUUUUCAUAAUCGAAAUAUAAGUCCGCUUAAAAUGCCAAAUGAAAGGCAUGCAGAUCAAUUGUAUGCCUUUUUGAAUAUGGAAUCGCCAUCUAAUUCUUUCAGUAUGCCCGAAAGAAUGAACUGGCAUUAUUUCAAUGUCAUACAAGUAGAAUGGCUAAGUACCAAUUUUUUUAUCGUCUCAGUAACUAAAAUUGUAAACAAUAAAACCAAAUCCGUUCUAGAAUUUGUUUCAAAUUGUAAUGCUAUAUCGCGGAGAGAUUUGUAUACGAAUGAACUGAGGAACUAUAUAAAUGUAUCGGUGUUCGAUUCAUGCUCAGCAAAAACAUGCAAUAAACGGUGCGAACAAAUUGCUGUCGGUAUGUUUCAGUAUUAUUUUUCAAAUAUUUCGAAUGAACGCGCAUAUACCAAAAGGUAA